GCGGCCGCCGCCCCGCACGGACGGGCUCGCUCCGCGCUCCGCCGCCGCCGAAAUGUCCGACUCCGCCGGGCAGUUCUCGCUCGUCUCCUCCACCUCUUCGACCACCUCCGUGACCUCAUCCUCCACCCCUUCCUCGCGGGCCGCGCUCAGCGGUGGCACGGGCGGCUGUUCCAUGUCUUGCGCCGAUCCCCCCAAUUCUUCUUCUUCCUCCUCCUCCUCUUCCUCCUCCCAGCCCGUUUCUCUCUUUACGGCUUCACCAGCGGCCCCGGGCGGGCGGGACCGGGGGGCGGCCCCGGGCGGGGGGGGCCCGCAGAGCCCCCCGGAGUCUCCGGAGUCGCCGUUCGAGGUGGUCCCGGACCGCGCCGCCUUCGACCGCGAGUUCGGCCCCGCGCUCGCCCAGAUCCCCGAGGGCCGCGUGUGCCACUUCCCGCCCAAGCCCCGCGCCGUCCCCGCCGCUGUCCCCGCUGUCCCCGGCGCUGUCCCCGCCGUGCCCGGGAGAGGCCCCGCGGCGCUGGGGCGGCCCCCGCCCGGCUCGGCGGCCGCGCUGGAGGAGGUGUCGCGGUGCGUGCGGGAGAUGCACAGCUUCACCAGCGAGCUGCUCAGCUGGGACCUGGUGGAGCGGCACGGGGACAGCCUGGGGGACAGCGAUGGGGACAGCGGCGGGGACAGCGGCGGGGACAGCGCUGGGAACGGCGGCACCGCUGUCACCGGCAGCGGGAACGGCGUCGUUGAUGUCACCGGUGUCACCAGCCCUGGCAGCGGUGUCACUGGUGUUAGCAGCGUUGGGAAUGGUGUCACUGGUGUCACCAGCACUGGGAGCGGUGUCACUGGUGUCACUGGUGUCACUGGUAUCGGGAAUGGCGUUACUGGUGUCACCAGCGUUGGGAAUGGCAUCGAUGAUUUCCCUGGUGUCACCAGCCUUGGGAGCAGUGUCACUGGUGUCACCAGCACUGGGAAUGGUGUCCCUGGUGUCACCAGCGCUGUGAGCAGUGUCCCUGGUGUCACUACCAUUGGGAAUGGUGUCACUGGUGUCCCUGCCAUUGGGAACGGUGUCCCUGGUGUCACCAGUGUCACCAGCAUCGGCAAUGGCGUGGCUGGUGUUGGCAGUGCCAUCGGGAAUGGCGUCACCAAUGUUGUCCCUGUCCCGGGGAGCGGUGUCACCGCUGUCACCGCCAUCAAGAGCGGUGUCACCACCCCUGGGAGUGGCGGCGCCGGCCCUGGCGAUGUCCCCAGCGCUGUCCCCAGCGGUGGCAGUGCCAUCUGCGCUGUCCCCAGCGGUGGCAGUGCCAUCUCCGCUGUCCCCACCGACGCCGACAGCUCCGGUGACUCCGACGACACCGUGAUCGAGGAGGGGCCGGGCGAUGUCCCCGGGGAUGUCCCCAGCCCGCCCGCAGGGUCCCCCCCCGCCGCCUCCCGGCCCUGGGAGCACCAGGAGCGCCCGGCCCUGCGGGAACUGGGGGAACUGGGGGAACUGGGAGAGCCCCCCCGGCCCCCCCCGGCCGGGGCCCUGCCCCACCUGCCAGCCCUGCAGGAGCUGCUGUUCUGGCGGGACGUGAGGAAGAGCGCGGUGGCGUUCGGUGCCAGCCUGCUGCUGCUGCUGUCACUGGCCACGCUCAGCGCUGUCACCGUGGUGGCUCACGUGGCGCUGGCCCUGCUCUCGGUCACCAUCAGCCUGCGCGUGUACCGGGCCGUGGUGCAGGCGCUGCAGAAAUCCGAGGAGGGGCACCCCUUCAGGACGUACCUGGAGCUGGACGUGGCGCUGUCCCCCGAGCGGUUCCAGGCGCACGCGGCCGCGCUCGCCCGGCGCCUCAGCCAGGCCCUGCAGCUGCUGCUGCGCCUCUUCCUGGUGGAGGACCUGGUGGAUUCCCUGGAGCUGGCCCUGACCAUGUGGCUGCUGACCUACGUGGGAGCUGUGUUCAACGGCAUCACCCUCCUCAUCCUCGCCGACAUCUUGGCCUUCAGCGUCCCGCCCUUGUAUGAGAAAUACCAGGUGCAGAUCAAUCACUACAUGGACCUCGCCCGCAGCCAGGCCAAGGAACUCAUGGCCAAGAUCCAGGCGAAGCUCCCGGGUCUGGCCAAGAAGAAGCCGGAAUAGACCCCAGGGUGGGGGGGGGAAUUUUGGGGGUACCCACGGUGCCCCCCCACUCCAAGCUUGGCUCCUCCCCCCCCCAAAACUUCUCCCCUCCCCCCAAUCCCCCAGUGACGUUUGUCUGUCCCCCCCCAGCUGAAAUUGGGGGGGCUGAACCCCAAAAUUCCCUCCCCAAACCCCUCAAGCUCGUUCCCCUCCCUUGUUUUAUUUUUUUAACGUUCAUUGAGGUGAGAUGUCUGUAACUGCUGUAAAUUGGGGAGGGGGGGCUCAGCCCUCCCCACAGCCCCCCCCAAACCGCGCCCCCCGAGCCCCCCCCGCGCUG